AUGUUUGGUAUGGCGAAGUACGUUGGAGUGUAUUCUCCUCAGCCGUAUGUCGUCAAGGCCUACAAGAACCUUGAAUCGGACGGCUGGGAAGGCUCCGGUGAAGGCUGCUUCAAGCCCAUCAUCACCCAUUCAACGGUUUUAUCUCUGAUUACAGAAAUCGGUGUCAGCGGUCGCAUCGUCACAACGGCGGUGUUCGUAACGAGCGUCGUAAUGGGCCGGUGUGUUUUCAUUACGGCCGGAAAUGAGCCAAUUACCUCGUAUUAUUCCAGUUUCCAUUCAUCACCGAACGCCAUUGAAUAUGCCCUGAACGAGGAGACGCUGCGUAUCCGGUUUUCGAUUACAUUUUAA